AAUCUGAGAAACCCCAUCCAAAUUUCCCAGUUGUGGCACAGGAAUGUCCUCUUGUUUUUUCUUUCACCACAAAAAUCCCUAAUUCUAAUACCAAAAAAAAAAAAAAUCCCUAAUUCUGAGUUUGUUUUCUCCAUCCCUCAUUUCAAUCUACAAUUAUUUUUUCUCGAAUUUCAAGCAUGUCUGCAGUUGGUUGAAGCAUUGUGCUUUUGGUGUACUAUAUUUUUGUCCGAUUCCGAUGAAUUAUGUAAAAGAAGCUGCACAUGUCGACCCCGUUUUUGUAGCACAUGGCUGCCGCUGAUAAUACCAACCUAAAGGAUUAUUACAAAGUUCUGGAGGUUGAUUAUGAUGCAACUGAUGAAAAUAUCAAAUUCAAUUACCGAAGACUCGCACUGAAAUGGCAUCCUGACAAGCACAAAGGUGACAGCGCUGUUACUGCAAAAUUUCAAGAGAUAAAUGAAGCUUACAAUGUAUUGAGUGAUCCUGCCAAGCGUUUUGACUAUGAUUUAACUGGGACGUGUGAGAUUGAAAAGUAUAGCUUGCAGGAAUAUCUUACCAGAUUUAAAGGAAUGAUCCUAACCUGCAAUGGACUUGGUAUCAAUCAUACAGACAGAUGGUCACCACAAUUAAUUGAAAGUUUUGAAUCCGUCGACAAAUAAGGGAUCCUGAUCUCAAUUUCGGCCAGCAGGGUUAUGACCAAGGAUACCUAAACAUGGAUUUUUUUUCUUUGAAUACUUGAGGGUACACGAUAUGGGUACCCUAACCCCACCCGGUUUCAUUGAGAUUUGAAACCUUCAUAAUUGAGUAUCCGAUGAUCAAUUGGCAAUACCUAAACAACCUGGUCUGAUUGAAUAAUAUUGUAAUAUAUUCAGUAUCAAUAUUGCUUUUGUAUAAUUUAAUGAACUACAACGUACGUUUAGAAUAAUUUAUUAUGAACCUGUGUCCUUGUACAAGUUCACUUUCAUGCAUCUUCCCUCUUAGUUUGAUGACCUUGUAGUUAAUAU